AUGCACUCGUUCCUUCGACCUGUGACGCAGCAGCAGGUUGCUGAUGUGGAGCAGCGCUUGCUGCGGACAAUGCGACUCGUCGCCUCCAGAAAGCGGCAAGAGCUGCUUUUGAAGCAGGAGGAGACUCGUCUUGCUGCGAAGAGGGAAGAGCCGCUGUCGCUCGUUGGGCGAGUUGCUCAGUUUGUCCAACGACCGUUUUCGUUGGAGGCUCUGGGACUGUCCGGAGGUUCACCGUCGGCGACGCGAAGGCAAUUGAGCACAGAGAUACAGGCUUUGGAAGCCUUCAGCCGCGAGCUCUUCCUGGAGCUAGAUGAACUCAUACAGGCGCGGCUCUGCGAGCUGAAGGCUCGCACGUGGCUGGGCAAGGUGAUGAACGUCCUGGGCCGGUGCUGCUCCGCAAUAUGCAUUUACAAGAUCGUGAUGUCUUCCGUCAACCUGCUCCUAAGGAGAGGCAGUGCCCAAGCAGAGGAUCCAGCAACAAGGCUGCUUACCAUCCUCCUCUUGAAUUUGCGUGUGCCAGUGGAUGUCUCGUACUGGGCCCCGAUGCUGUCGUUGAUUUUCGUUGGAUACUUGACGUUUGCGAACACUCGGCAGUUCAUUCAGAGGCUCCUGGCAAUUUUCCGCAUGGUGUCAACUUCUGUGACUUCCAACUCCUUAGCCUUGCUUCUCUCAGAGGUGAUGGCCAUGUACUUUGCAGCCUGUGUCAUCCUCACACUGAGGUUUGUGCCCAAGCGCGAUCGAGCAGACUUGUUGGCUAUGGUGGGGGAGGUGGAUCUGUCUUCAGUUCAUCUUCAUUUUGACUAUGUAUUUUUGCUUUCGUCGCUUUGCUCUCUCGCUGUGUUCGGGCUGAGCUACUGGCUGAAGGGGCCGGCGGUUGACACUCCGCAUGCAGAUUAG